CAACCGCGAGACCUAGCAGUCUAGCACCCGCACCCGCACCCGCACAAACGCAGCGCAAGAUGAGCAGUGGCGGCGAGAAGUCCGGCUCGGGCGGCGGCGGCGGUGGCGGCGGCGGCGGGGCGGUGAAGACGCCCUCCGACUUCCUCAAGUCCAUCAGGGGGCGCCCCGUCGUCGUCAAGCUCAACUCCGGCGUCGACUACCGCGGUAUUUUGGCUUGUCUUGAUGGUUACAUGAACAUUGCAAUGGAGCAAACGGAAGAAUAUGUCAAUGGUCAGCUGAAGAACAAGUACGGUGACGCUUUCAUACGAGGAAACAAUGUUUUAUACAUCAGCACAUCAAAGCGUACCCUCACUGAUGGUGCAUGAGAAGGUGAGACAGCAUGCAGUUCAAUGCCUGCCACUAUCGCAACUUUGAUUUCCUCUGUGAUCAAUCUCUAAAGAAAUACUGCCUUACAAUAUCGUAGUUGCUACAUGGAAAGAGAUGUUUUCUGGAAUGGAGGAUUAUCACCAGAUAUUUGUACCCAAAAAAACUAUGUUCGAUUUUAGUAGAUUCUACAUAUUGUGGUCUGCUGCACUAUUGAUGUAUGUGGUGAUUAUUGGACCGUCAGGGAUAUGGAUAAGAUUUAUAUCUUGGGGUGUCCUCAUUCUUUGUGAA